UCAACAUCUCUGGCACCCAAAUCUCUCUUUUCCCAUUUUUUCUCGUGAGGAAAAAAUGAGUCAUGCCAAAACAUGUGCUCUCCUCUCUCUUUCCCGUAAAGUGCAUAUCUUAUGGUUACCAUCGCAUCCUUCUUUCUCUUCUCAGUUUUGAUGUGAUCGGUUCGGAUUCCCUGGAACCCUCUCGUUACUGCAACACUUUAAUGUAUUAUCUAUAUAUAAUAUAAGUAACCGGCAUUGCGCAUUGGAGCUAAUGAAAUAAUAUGGGGGGCGAUAGAGAGAGGGAUAUCAGGAACAGGAAGAAGGAGGAUGAACAGAAGGAGAGCGAGUAUGAGAUUGAGGAUGUGAGUGAUGCAAUAGACUCGUAUCGAGGAAGCGGAUUCAAUCAUAUAGAAAAUGAGUUAGGGCUUGAGGCAGGGGCUCGCCGGAAGUUCAGUCGUGAUUCGGUUAUCAAUGGUAUUCGUUACGUCUCCAGAGGUCUUUUUAUCCAUCCUGAAAGCAGAUGGUAUAGGGCAUGGACGAAGUUCAUAUUGAUAUGGGCUAUCUACUCAUCCUUCUUUACACCACUGGAGUUUGGUUUCUUCAGGGGAUUACCUGAGAACCUCUCCAUACUGGAUAUCGUUGGACAGAUUGCGUUUCUUUUUGAUAUAAUUCUACAGUUCUUCAUUGCUUACAGAGACAGCCAGACGUAUUGUAUGGUCUAUAAGCGCACUCCUAUUGCUCUUCGGUACUUGAAAUCACACUUUUUCAUUGAUUUACUUGGUUGCCUGCCUUGGGACAUUAUCUACAAGGCUUGCGGACGUAAAGAAGAAGUGAGGUACCUUUUAUGGAUUAGGCUAAGUCGGGUGCGCAAAGUAACUGAUUUUUUUCAAAAGAUGGAGAAAGAUAUACGAAUCAACUACCUUUUUACAAGAAUUAUAAAACUUACUGCUGUAGAACUUUACUGUACACACACGGCAGCCUGCACUUUUUACUAUUUGGCUACCACUCUGCCAUCCUCUGAAGAGGGUUAUACAUGGAUUGGAAGCUUAAAGAUGGGUGACUAUAGUUAUUCACACUUCAGGGAGAUUGAUAUCUGGAAGCGAUAUGUCACAUCCUUAUAUUUUGCUGUUGUUACUAUGGCCACUGUAGGAUAUGGAGAUAUACAUGCUGUCAACCUGAGGGAAAUGAUAUUUGUAAUGGUAUACGUGUCCUUUGAUAUGGUUCUGGGUGCUUAUCUGAUUGGCAAUAUGACAGCGCUAAUUGUAAAAGGAUCAAAGACAGAAAAGUUCAGGGAUAAAAUGAAAGAUCUUAUCAAUUAUAUGAACAAAAAUAGACUUGGAAAGGACAUCCGUAACCAGAUCAAAGGCCAUUUUCGCUUACAGUAUGAGAGUAGCUACACUGAAGCUUCUGUUCUUCAGGAUAUUCCUAUCUCUAUUCGUGCAAAGAUUUCCCAAACUUUAUACAUGCCAUAUAUCGAAAAUGUUCCACUGUUCAAAGGAUGCUCUGGAGAAUUUAUCAAUCAGAUUGUCAUUAGGCUCCAUGAGGAGUUUUUUCUCCCAGGAGAAGUCAUCAUGGAGCACGGAAACGUUGUAGAUCAACUUUAUUUCGUCUGCCAUGGCGUGCUGGAGGUAGUUGGAAGUGGGGGAGAUGGAUCAGAAGAGACUGUCUCGCUUCUACAACCUAACAGCUCAUUUGGAGAAAUAUCGAUUCUCUGCAACAUUCCUCAGCCGUAUACCAUUCGUGUUUGUGAAUUAAGCCGGCUUCUACGGCUUGACAAACAAUCUUUCUCAAAUAUACUUGAGAUAUACUUUUAUGAUGGACGUAAAAUCUUGAACAACAUUUUAGAGGGAAAAGAAAGCAGCCUUCGAGACAAGCAACUAGAAUCAGACAUUGCAUUUCACAUUGGAAAGCAAGAAGCUGAACUUGCUUUGAGGGUGAAUAGCGCAGCUUAUCAUGGAGAUCUUUAUGAGCUAAAGAGUUUUGUCCGAGCAGGAGCUGAUCCCAACAGAACAGAUUAUGAUGGGAGAUCACCCUUGCAUCUUGCAGCAUCAAGAGGUUACGAAGACAUCACACUUUUCCUUAUUCAAGAAAGAGUUGAUAUUAACAUCAAAGAUAAAUUUGGAAAUACGCCCUUACUAGAAGCCGUCAAGUAUGGACAUGAUCAGGUUGCUUCUUUACUUGUUAAAGAAGGGGCUGACUUAAGCGUGGAUGAUGCUGGUAGUUUCCUUUGUUUGAUUGUUUCAAAGGGGGAUUCUGAUCUUCUCAAAAGGAUUUUAUCCAAUGGAAUUGAUCCAAACUCCAAGGAUUAUGAUCACCGAACCCCACUUCAUGUAGCAGCCUCAGAAGGAAUCUAUAUUAUGGCAAAGUUGCUGUUAGAAGCUGGAGCCAGUGUUUUCUCAAAAGACAGAUGGGGGAAAACUCCUCUUGAUGAAGGCCGGAUGUCUGGAAACAAGAAUUUGAUCAAACUAUUGGAAGAUGCAAAAUCUGCUCAACUAUCAGAAUUCUCUUGUAACUCUGAAAUUACAGAUAAAAUACACAGAAGGAAGUGCACUAUAUUCCCUUUCCAUCCAUGGGGUCCCAAAGAACAUAAAAGACCUGGGAUAGUGUUAUGGGUUCCAGAGACCAUGGAAGAACUAAUAAAGACAGCAGCAGAGCAGCUUCAGCUUCCAUAUGAUUCUUGUAUACUAACAGAAGAUGCAGGUAAAAUUCUUGAUACAAACAUGAUUGAUGAUGGUGGGAAGUUGUAUUUAGUCAGCGAAACUCGAUGAUUAAGGAUUUUCAUGUUGUUGUAUGGUAUUUUGGCUUGGUUUUUUGUAUCCAAAUUCCAUAUAAAUCAGCUUCUCUGCAUAUACAAAGCUAUGUCAUUGUUUAAUACUGAGGCAUUGUAAAUGCAGCAGUUUUCAAAGCCAUGCUCCGAAGUCCGAAGCAAGUUUUGUAUUAUUAGUUUGGAUCAAUCCUAAGUAACCAUCAUGUAUGCUCUC